GGGGGUGUCAUUACCGGGGGAAGGGGGCGGCGGGAGGAGGGGCUGCCGCCGCCGAUGAGGGCUGAAGCCGGGAGCGCGGCCGGCUGCGGGCGAGGCGGGGGCUGCGGCCGCCGCCAUGGCCUGGCCCUGCAUCAGCCGGGUGUGCUGCCUGGCCCGCUUCUGGAGCCAGCUGGACAAGUCCGACCUCUCCGUGCCGCUCACCAUCCACAACUACUCGGACAUCGAGGAGCAGGAGGACGGGGCGGCCCAGCGCGGCGGGCCCCCCCCGCGGGGCAGCGCCCGCCCGCCCGCCCCGGCCCCCCGCCCGCCGCGGGACGCCGCCGCCGGGCAGCCGGCCGGCCGCAGGAAGGGCCGGGCGGUGGGCGCCGGGGAGCCCUUCGCGGCGGAGACCCAGUACCGGCGGGACUUCCGAGCGUGGCCCCUCCCGAGGAGGGACGCCUUCCCCUGGGUCAGCGCCAGCAGCGGCGGGAGGGACGGGGCCGCCCCCCAGCCCGCCCCGGGCCGCGCCGCCUGCGCCCUGCCCGGCAGCGGGAGGCCGGCGGCGGGCGGCUGCGGCGGCCCCGAGCAGCUGCGGCCGCGCUCGCAGCCGGACGGCGCCCACACCACCUCCUACAGGCAAGAGUAUCGCCCAUGGACCGGAGCAAAACCAUCCAAGCCUAUAAAGACAAAGCAAGGCUUCACUAUCCCGGAAGACCAUUUUGUUCAGGAAACAAGCUACAAGGCAGAUUUUAAGAUCCCAGAGGUGAAGACCAGGUUCUCCCCCAACCCCUCUGCUGUUUUCCAGGCGCCGUCACGGAUCCUCAACGUGUGAACCCGCACCCUCCUCACACGCAGGCAGCUUAAACGCGGCGUUUCUGUUCAGAUCUAUCACUAUGCAAUUUUCAUGAGGAGUGUUAAGAUCAAAGGACUGGUAUUAUCAAAAGCAGCUUCGGCGAUUAAUGAUAUGCACCCACACACAGGCUUUCUGUUAACACAACAAACCGCAAAGCGCUUGGUUCAAAACUGGCAAAACGCACGGCGAGGAGCGACCUCGUUUUCCAUGGGAGCAGGGUCAUUCCUGCGCCAGCUGGCAUCGUGUUGGGAGAGCGACUUUGGGCAGCGAAGGCAGUACUGCAGGCAGCGUCCCCAUGCGUAACUACACAGGGCGGGAGGGAAAACAAUCACAAGCGGGAUGGAUAAUUAAACCCCCCCAAAAGAGGUUUAUUUAGCAGCACCCUCUAAAUAGGCCAGUGAAAGACAGGGAGUGUCUGGCUGACUUUUGAGCUGCUUGAGGGGUUUUGGAAAUAGGACCUCAAAGGGCAUCCCCAGAAAUCACAGCGUCCUGAAACAGGGCUGCUCUGAACCUCCAGGGUGGUUUUAGGAGCUGGAGGAAGCCAGCAUCGCUGAACUCCUAAAUAAAGCUGGCGCAUGCAGUGUCUCGUGGUUUUAAGGCUGGAAAGCUGGGUGCUUCCAGAACUGGUGGGCUGAGCAAGAGCGAGAGGGGACUGAGCUUCGGGAGAGACACAGCCCUGACAGUGACACGCCAGCCUGGCCGGGAGAGCACUGGUGGGCACCGCCAGCUUGGCACCUUCCAGGGUCCAGAGCAUCAAAGAUAUUUAUGUAGUCUGUAUAGCUGUUAGGGUGAGUGUAAAUAUUGUACAUGGAUUUUACCUAAAGCGAUGUGCGAUCCUUUAACAAAAAGGACAUGCUUCUACUUUCAACACAUGUUAACUCUUUGCAUAUGCGAGGUGGAAAAUAUUGCCUUGAAAUUCCUAAAUUAUUGCCUGUAUAUUGGUAAUGCUAAUGCUAGGAACAACCAGAAGCGAAUGUUACUUAGGAACUCUUCUUAAAGACAAAUGUCACGUAGAAUGUAAGACAUCCUUCAUUUUUAAGAUAGGCCAUUUUAAGUGUCAUUGCUCUAAAGCUGAUUUUUUUUUAGAUUAGCUUGCAUUUAACUUUUGCUGAGGUACGCCUGUUUUAAGAAACCAUUUUUUAGCCUUUGUCCUCAGAGACUGUAGUGAGUUUACAGUUUCUAUCUGAAUGACUUAUGCAAUAUUAUUAGACUACUGCUCAUUUAAUGGUUUUACUAAUUAUUUGGGGGGAAAAAAUUAAAAACCUUUUACUUUAUGUGUUUGCAACACAUGUGUUAGCUAGAACGAAAAGAAGCUAUCCUCAGACUUGAACAGGGAUCAGACACUCAUUCAUCUGCAACGAAACAGACUUUAACGCAGGAGAAUCUGUUCUUAACCUUCCUACUAGCUGAAGUCUAAGGCACAUUUAAUGAUCUCUGGGGACUUUGCAAACAUGUAUGCAUUGCUGUUAAUUCCCAUAAGAACAAUUUUGGAACUGCUGGCAUGUGGAUAGUGUUUGGAAUCCAGGCAGGCAGCAUCUUCUCACUGCACCGUGUGAGAACGGAGGGAUGCCACCUCUGGUCGCUGCACUAGUGGGAUGAGAACAGGCACCAUCCGCAGUCAGCCGUGUUGGGGUGGGACAAGGGGUGGCACUUCCCACACUCCCCUUGGACCCCAAGGAACCUACAGGAAUACCAGUGCUCGCCAAAACAAUUUUUCAGGAGAUUCAUUUUUCAGGAAAUUCAUUUGAAGCAUUCAAACUGUACUAGAGGUUUUGCAUGUUAGAUGUUUCUAAGAAUUCAAUCUGCUUGUUUAAUCUCUUUAUAAUGUUUUUAAGAGUUUUGUUCGAACAAUUUAAGUUCAUUUCAAUCCUGGACUUUAUUAACAGCAAAAAAAAAAGAGAAAAAAAAAGAUAAAUUGUCUAUUCAGUAUCUCUUCUUAAUUCAUUGUAUUUCUUAAAAAAAACAACAACCCAGUUGUAAACAAACUGGUAAUAUAAUAAGCUUGUAUUUUAUCAAAUGGACUGGAUUUAAUUUAAUAAAUUAAAAUGUAUUUUG